AUGCCUGGGAUCCCGACCGACCUGGCCGUCCACCACCUCAACAUAGACCCCCGCUUUAAGCCUGUGAAGCAGAAGAAGAGGAACUUCGCUCCAGAGAGAAAUGAGGUGAUCAGAAAGGAGGUCGGAAAGCUGCUGGAAUCCAAAAUCAUCAUGGAGAUCUCAACAAAGCCUGCCCGAAGGACUGCUUCCCCUGCCAAGGAUCGACAGGGAUACCACCAGAUAGAGAUGGCUGAGGAGGAUCGGAAAAAAAUAUCGUUCAUCACCGAGGAAGGAACUUACUGCUACCGGACGAUGCCAUUCGGGCUAAAGAACGCCGGAGCCACUUACCAAUGCUUGGUCAAUAAAUUAUUCCAAAACCAGAUCGGCAGGAACAUGGAGGUCUAUGUGAACGACAUGAUCGUCAAAAGCCGAGCAGGACCACAGCUCGUCCCCGACCUGAAGGAGAUCUUGAGCAUCCUCUGGGAGAGUCGGAUGCGGUUGAAUCCAAAGAAGUGCACCUUCGGAAUUAGGUCGGGCCGGUUCCUCGGUUUCUUGGUCUCCCGAGAAGGGAUCCGGGCCAACCCCGAAAAACUCCAGGCCAUCAUGGACAUGGCCCCUCCCCGGAAUGUGAAGGAGGUCCAGCGACUCACGGGAAGAAUGGCCGCCCUGAAUAGGUUCCUCUCACGGUCCGCGGUGAGGGGGCUCCCCUUCUUCCGGAUCCUGAAAGCCCCCAAAGACUUCCAGUGGAUUGAGGAAUGCCAGAAAGCCUUCGCAGACCUGAAGGCCUAUCUGGCCGAGUUGCCUACCCUGACCGCCCCGGAACAGGGGGAAACCAUGUUCCUAUACUUAUCUGCUUGCAACGAGACCAUUAGCACGGUCUUGGUGCGAGGAGACAGGGGGGCUCAGAGGCCUAUAUAUUACGUCAGCCGUGCUCUACAGGGACCAGAGACGCGGUACAUGCCGGCUGAAAAGCUAGUCCUGGCCUUGGUGCAUGCUGCUCGAAAGCUCCGACCUUACUUCCAGACCCACAGCAUCGUGGUCUUGACCGAUCAGCCCCUGCGACAGAUCCUCACAAAACCUGAGGUCUCGGGUAGGAUGACCAAGUGGGCCGUCGAGCUUGCCGAGCACGACAUCGGCUACCAGCCUUGCACCGCAAUCAAGGCUCAGGCCCUAGCGGACUUCCUCGCCGAAGGAGCCAGCCUGUCCCCAACUGAGACGAGCUCUCUGCCCGAGGAGGCCGAGCCAGAAGAGCCUUGGGUGCUACUCGUGGACGGGAUUUCGAGCAAGGAGGGAAGCGGGGCUGGCCUGCUACUCACCUCGCCCACAGGGGAAGAGCUGACCUACGCAUUCAGGUUCGACUUUCCGACAUCCAACAACGAGGCUGAGUACGAGACCCUACUGACAGGAUUGCGGAUAGCCCACCAGAUGGGUGUGACCGCGAUCAGGGUCCGGAGCGACUCCCAGCUCGUAGUCUACCAAGUCCGCGGGGAGUACGAAGCCAAGGAGGACGUCAUGAAAAAGUAUUUGGCUAAGGUGCAGGAGGCGAUAAAGCUUUUCAGCCUCUUUGAGAUCGAGCGGGUGCCACGGUCACAGAACAAGCGGGCGGACGCCCUGUCGAAACUGGCGUCUUCCUCGUUUGCCCACCUGAGCAAGGAAGUUUUGGUGGAGGUGGUCAAACAAAAAAGCUUCAACCAGAUCCAGGUCUCGGCUAUAGACAGCCCAGCAACUUGGAUGACUCCUCUAGUGGAUCUUCUCAGCUCGGGUGCCCUACCCGAGGACAAAAAUGAGGCUCGCAGUCUCCAGCUCCGAACUGCCAAAUACGUCUACGCCGGGGGGACCCUCUACAGGAGGUCGUACUUGUCUCCCUGGCUAAAGUGCGUAACUCCCGAGGAGGGCGACUAUGUCCUCCGAGAAGUGCACGAAGGCUUCUCUGGUUCAGAAGUGCCGAGCCUGUCAGGUGCACGCCCCGCUGCGCCUCCAACCCACCAGGGAGAUGGUCCCUAUCCACAGUCCUUGCCCUUUCGUCCAGUGGGGGAUAGACCUCCUGGGUCCCUUCCCGCGAGCUCUGGGCAGUUUGCUGAAAAUCCCUUCAAAAGUUGGUGCGCCGAGCUCGGAAUUAACCAGCACUUCACCUCGGUUGGACACCCCCAGGCCAACGGUCAGGUGGAGAAUGUCAACCGAACCAUUCUGCAGGGGCUGAAGACUAGACUGGAGCUAGCCCAGUCUAACUGGCUGGAUGAACUUCCUAGUGUCCUCUGGGCUUACCGCACUAUGUCCACGGCGGCCACCCACGAGACCCCGUUCUCUCUGACUUACGGAGUAGAGGCGGUGGUACCCGCGGAGAUUGGUCUCCCCUCGCCUCGGACACAGAAUUUCGUUGCGACAACCAACGAGGAAGAGUUGAAGUACAACUUGGACAUGCUGGAGGCUAGGCGUGAGGAAGCGGCGGUCCGGAUGUCUAAGUACAAAAGCCAGCUCGCCCGCUAUCAUAACGCCAAAGUGAGGACCAUACAGUACCAGCCAGGAGACCUUGUCCUGAGGAAGAAUUCGGUCAGCCGGGCACAUGGCUCCAACAAGCUCGACCCUAACUGGGAAGGCCCAUAUCUGGUCCUAGAAGCAAGCCGAACUGGCUACUGCAAGCUCGCGAAAAUAGAUGGAUCAGAGGUACCCCGCACUUGGCACUUCUCCAAUCUGCGACUGUUUGUAGCGUAG